AUGCCAAUCGCCGGAGCCAAAGCUCAAACAAAAGGUCGCUCUAAAUCAGGCAUCGCUGGCAACUGGAGCGGUAACGUAGGAGCUGCUUCGGUCACGCUGCUGACGAUUGCCAUCAUGACUGCGCUCCGGAGAGCGGAGGGGCACAUGGCCAAUGGCGGGCGCCAUUCUCGCAGACCACGCCCCGCCAGCCGCCCAUGUACUGGGGUCACGGCUAGCCGCUGC